CCCUUCUUCCUCUUUCCCACUUUGCUUCUCUUCUCCUCCUCCUCGUCCCCUGUCGCCGCUUCGAUCUGUUACCAGUUCGAGGGCGGUCGGGCAAUGUGAUUCCUUCUCUUGCUUCCAUAUCAAGAGGUUAGUCCAAGAAAGAAAGAGGAUUUAUUUCUCGAGGGGACGGGAGGGCGGUGGGGUGGCCAGCCGAUUGAUAGGGGAAGAAACGGGUUCACACGGUUCAUGUGAAGAAGGGAUGAUGCCCUCCCCCUCCAUGCGACGGGAUUAAUUGCGCCCCCAGUAUCGGUACCUAAGCCCUGCAUUUGGUGGUCUCCAAUAAACCAAGGGAACAACUGUAGAUCGCCGGGGUUGGGUCUCAAAGCACAAGUGUAGGAGAGCACCCAAGGGGAGAGUGUGAGCUCCACUUCGGCGUCAUCACACUUUGAGCGUUAAUUCGAUGACCAGGUCUCAAGCUUGAGUUCCACUGCGGUGGUUUGCGAGAUUACUAUAUUUGUCUAGCUCAAAUUUUCAAAAAGAGAGGAGCGAUGGUGGAGGAUGGAAUGACUCAUCUGGAUGCCAAACCUAUCUCCAGUGGUGCUUCCCCAAAUCAUAGCCAAUCACCUGAAGCUCGCUCAAGAAUUAUAAAUGAUGAGAAUCAAGAAACUGAAGCAGGAAAAUCCUCAGGUGAUAAGCUAGCAUUGACGACAAUGCUAAAUGAUUCUUCCCUGCAGCUUGGUCAAUUACCACCACCAGAGGGCUCUGUGAAGAGCUUGAGUGAGAAGCUUUCCGCUGCUCUUUUGACUAUCAAUGCUAAAGAUGACUUGGUGAAGCAGCAUGCAAAAGUAGCAGAAGAUGCUGUAGCAGGCUGGGAACAUGCUGAGGCGGAAGUUAGUAACCUGAAGCGGCUACUUGAUGCUUCAUCUCUGAAGAAUACCUCUCUGGAGGAUCAAGUCAGCCACUUGGAUGGUGCCCUCAAGGAAUGUGUCAGGCAGCUUCGCCAGGCACGAGAAGAACAAGAGGAGAAAAUCCGUGAUGCAGUUGCUAAGAAGUCCCAGGAGUUUGAGUCUGAGAUGUCUGAGCUCCAGAACAUUAUUGCUGACCUGAAACAGCAGCUAGAAGCCUCUGAUCUGCAGGAAAAACUUCAGGUAGCAGAGAAAGAGAGCAAAGAUCUCAAGAUCGAGAUGCUCACGCUGUCCAAGGAAUUGAAGAUACUUGCACUGGAACGAGACCUGAGCAACCAAGCAGCAGAGACUGCGAGCAAACAACACUUGGAAAGUGUAAAAAAAGUUACAAGAGUCGAGGCGGAAUGCCGUAGGUUGCGCCAUGUGACACGUAGAACUUCCUUAGCCAAUGAUUCUUGUAGGCCUGUUCUAAACAAUGCUUGCAUGGAAUCUCUGACUGAUAGCCAGUCUGAUAGUGGAGAGCAUAUGCUAGCCAUUGACAGUGAAAUAAAAAAUUCUGAUUUGUGGGCCUCAGCUCUGGUAGCAGAACUCGAUCAGUUCAAAAACAGCAAUGAGGGCACAAGACAUCUUGUAAACAAUCCCAUUGAGAUUGACAUGAUGGAUGACUUCCUUGAGAUGGAAAAGCUGGCUGCAUUGCCUGAAGCAGACCACACAAGCUCUAGCGUUGGAGCAGAAACUGAUUCUGACCAGACUGUGACCAGAGAUAUAUCAAGAGUCGAAACUGAAGCAGUACAGCUCCAGAUGAUAGAAUUGCAAGAAAAGGUUGGAAAGAUCGAACACGAGAAAAAGGAGCUUGAGAUGGCCUUUGCAGAGGCUAGAAAUCAGCUUGACAAAUCACGUGACACCCUCAUGGCAGCUAACAACAAGCUGGUUGACUUACAGAUGCAGUUAAAUCUGGCAAAUGAGUCAAAAAAUGCUGCUUUGGGACAAGCUGAACGGUUCGAUGGUGAGAGGAAAUCUCUGGCUUUGCAGGUGGAGUCAAAGUCAGCAGAAGUUGAGAAGCUUCAGGAUGUUGUGGCUUCAUUGGAAGAAAGUGGGGAUAGGAAAGAGUUGGAGUUGCAAUUAGAAUCCACUUCUGUAGAGGUAGCAAAUCUUCGGAAUGCCAUGGCAAUCUUGGAAGAGAAGAUUGACGCAGAGAAAACUCUGUCUGCGCAGCACAAAGCAGCCUCAAAUAUGGCAGAGGCAGCUAAAGACUCAUUGGAGGCACAGUUGCGGUCCGCACAAAAAGAAAUAGGGCAACUGAGAGGAAUUAUGGAAACACUGAAGAGCGAGGUGCAAAUGGAGAAAAUGCAUCACAAAGAGCUUCUGGCACAAAUAGAGGCUAUGAAGACUGAAUCAGAGAGAACAUGUUCGGUGGAGUCUGCCAAAGAAUCGUUAGAGGCUCAGCUCCUGGUAGCAAACUCAGAAAUCGCAAAGUUGCAUGUAACUGUGAGUGCACUGGAGUGUGAUGCAGCAAAGGAGAGGGAGUAUUCUUCAGAGAUCAAGAUGCAACUAGAGGCAGUGGAGGGCAUCAGAAAGGUUUUGGGGUCCGAGCUUGAGUCUGCACACCAGGAGACCAUGAAGCUCCAGGAGAAGGUGUUGUCAUUGGAAACGAGGCUUAAGGAUCAGAUUGCAUUGCUGGUAGAGUUGACUGCCAAGGCAGAGGAUGCUGUGUCGGGGAGAAGGGUAAUGGAAGGUCAGCUUGAAGUAGCAAAUCUGGAACUCGCGAAACUGACAAACAAGGUGACCUUGCUGCAAGGGAAGAUUGAGCAGGAGAAGCUGCUCUCGGAAGAGUAUGAAGCAAAGUGCCGCAAAUUGGAGGCUCAGCUGUCAAGGGACACUCGGGAGGCAAAGCUUUGGCGACUCGCCAACACAAAUGGUGACCUGAAGUUCAAGCAGGAGAAAGAAAUCGCCAGUGCUGCGGGGAAACUCGCGGAGUGCCAGAAGACGAUCGCUAACCUUGGCCUUCAGCUCAAGUCACUGACGGACCUUGACGGUGUCGCGACCCAGCCUGAAAAGCUGGAAUCCAAGGACACUCUGCUGGACUUCAGAGAAGGUGGUGCUGAGCCGCUCGCCGAUGAACUAUACAGUCUGGAUCUUCCAAGGAACAACGGGAGCCGCAUCUCGCCUGUUCCUGCGGUCGAAUCCCCGUCGCGGUCCUCGUUUUUCUCGGGCGGUUUAUCAUCGAUUAGUAGCUACAGGAGCAAAGCUAGAAAGUGAGAUCUGAUGGGGAAGAGAUUGUGCAUAAGUUAUCUAACUGUUUCGGGAUGUUGUUGUUAUCAGUGGUCACCUGGUGGUAGAUGAGACUCCAUGGUCACCCGGAUUUGUGCUGCCCUUUUGGAAAUCCUGUCAGUUUUUUUACUUUCUCCUUGGUGUUUUGGUAUUCAACUGUUACUGCAGAUGCAGCUGCUACUUGUAGGCUCGCAGUAAAAUGUUACCCAACAGCAAACAAACCUUUGUCAAAUGCUUCGAGUGGUAAAAACUAGAAUUACGUUAUGUAGUUCACCGUUUUGCUU